ACUGUGACAGUGACUAUCAUUAAUCAUGACCGUGCUUAUUAGUGAGUUAUAACUAUUAAGUAUUUAGUAUAAAUAACUAGAACCAAACGCUUAACUUACAAUAAUUUUGAAUAUUGAAUUAUCAUAUUUUGUUUUACGUUUACUGCAAUGCCAAUGAUCGAAAUGUUCGAUUCAAAGUUGUUUAAUUAAGUAUUUUAUAGCGAUAUAAAAAUGCAGAUAGUUGCGUUCUAAUAAAUAUAUUUUAAACUGACAAAAAUUUUUCGAAAAUACCUAGGCACCAAAACAAUUUAUUUGUAAAAAUUUCUACUGUUAAACACAACUCUAUACUGAAUUAAAAUGGCAAAACUAUGUGAGGAGCCGCUGCAGGGGUGUCAACUAUGUGGAUACAGAGUAAGGAAUUAUACCCCAGAGUUUAUUCAACUACUUAAGACAGAAUUUAGCGAAAACAAAGAAUUUAAAAUAUUUUUUAAUAAAUACAAUGAAAAUCCUGAUUUUGUUAAUGACUUGUGUGAGAAAUGUCAAAUAUCGAAUUGGCGAAAAAUAAAGCAUACAAAUUACAAUCGAGUGAAACAAAAUGAACGGACUGCAGAUACUCCGAGAAAAAGCUUUUGGUCUUACACAUUAAUUGUUUUAAUAAUAAUGGUAUCAAUGUUAGGAGGAUACCUGUUAAGUAACUUUGAUAAUAUGAGUAUUUGCAAGUAUUCCAACUCUAACGGUCUCAGUAAAGAUAAAUUGAUAACCACGAUGAUGUCACUAAAGAAUCAUUUUCCAUCGCUGCAGCAGGGCAUGAUAAAAAAAUUAGGUAGCGCUUUUUCGCGGCUUCAAACUCCGGGUGAACCGAUUGUUUUCAUGCUUUUACAUAACGACGCCAACAAACAGACUACUGACUGCUUAGCGUCUUACGCAAGCAUUUCGGCCAAACAACAUAUAUUCACCAAUUCCGUCCACAGCUUGUGGAUCAACGGGUCGGAGUGGACUAGUUAUUCAAAACGCGAUCACGAAGACUUGUUCUACGAAAAGCUGAAUGCGCCGCUCGAGAAGAAUGAAGUGUUGGUGUUGGAAAACUUGCAAGACUUGCCGUGGUCGUUGGCCAAGGCGCUGCACCACCUGUGCGACUCGGAAAAUCCAAAGUACGCAAAGGCCAUGUACAUGCUGGAACUCAGGGUGAAUGGUGACCUGCAACAGCUAUCCGAUGGUGACAAAAUAUUAGCAGCUGAGCGGGCCAUGAACAUGGCGUGGCAAGAUGCGCCGAACGAGUACAGAGAACCACUGAUCGCCCGGUUAACAUCAUUCGUGGACGCCGUGCAGUGGGAAUCGGAGGAGGCAUGUCACGGAGAAUCUUUCAUCAGGAUUUCCCCACCAUCAUCUUCUCACUCUAAUGCUGCCUCCAUAUUAUAAUCCGCUGAUUAUGUUUAUAUACGCUGAUUCACUUGUGCGCUGUGCCCUUAUAUAAUGAUAAUAUUAUUCAAUUCUAAUCGUAAUUUUUGUAUCACCAUUUUUCUACCCACACGCAUCCACUGGGAUGUAGUUUUUUUAUACUCUAUUAUAAAUUAUAUUUAUAAUUGUAGUUCAAAUGACAUAUCUAUAAUAUUAAUGGUAUAUAUUAUUAUAUAUAUCACCUAUACCUAAUGAUAUAUUAUAUUAUGCGUUAAUAAUAAAUACAAUAAUUCAAUAGAAUUUACAAGACCAUACUAAUAAUUGAUUUUAUAUAUUUGCAUUUGACUGAUGUAAAGAAAUAUUUUAUUGAACAAUAAUUUUGACUAGAAAAA